CUUUGUUGCAUUUUUUUUUCAAAUAUUAUUAAGAAGGAAACAUUUUAUGUUGAUUUAUCAACAUUUCAGAUUGCCAAGUACCAAGCUGCAGUUAUAUUAGUAACAUAUUUAACCUUAUGGACUCCUUAUAAUCUUAUGGCACUUAUCAGUAUUCUUGCACCGCUAAAAUCCUCAUUUAAUGAAUUGAUUUAUAGUACGCUUCCAUUCUUAAAUGCACUUAUUGUUGUAAAUACUGUCAUCAACCCAAUUAUAUACGGGUAUUUUGAAAAGAAAAGUAUAUAUACGAAAUAA